CAGAGAGCUCUCAAAUGACAACCACGAGGCCAACGAAGAGGACACUUGGACGGCCGACUCGCAAAAUUCGAAGCAGACGCUCGGAACCCACUCGACCUUUCCAUGUCGCCGACGAAUAACUGGCCGUCGCCGAUUCCUGUAUACUCCGAUCAAAUCCCUGCCGAGCCGCUGGAUGUCCACGUUGUCACCUCCGGCGGACAGCGCAUCCCGGCGCACCGUAGUGUCCUGGCUUCAGCGUCUCCAGUACUGGAAAGCAUGAUAAACCGGCCACGUAAUCACCGGAGUAGUUCACCUCCCACCGUUCGAAUACUCGGCGUUCCUUGCAAAGCCGUUGCCGUGUUCCUUCGAUUUCUUUCUGCCGCCAAGUGCAGUGAGGAAGAGCUGGACAAGUACGGAAUUCAUCUACUAGCUCUAUCUCAUGCAUUCUUGGUGCCUCAGCUGAAGCGGAUAUGCUCCAAAGCUUUAACUGAGCGGUUGACAAUUGACAAUGUGAUCGAUAUGAUCCAGCUGGCUCAACUCUGCGAUGCACCGAGUCUUCACCUCAGAUGCAUGAAAUUAAUUUUCAACAGCAUCAAAUCUGUGGAGAAGACGGAGGGUUGGAAAUUCGUUCAGGAUCACGACCCCUUGCUCGAGCUUCAAGUUCUACAAUUCAUUAACGAACUUCAAUUGAGGAAGAAAAGGAGGAGAAGACACAUACACGAGCAGAGCUUGUACUCGCAGCUGAGCGAGGCGAUGGAGUGCCUGGAGCACAUAUGCGCGGAAGGGUGCACGAGCGUGGGCCCUUGCGACGUGGAGCCCGCGAAAGACAGGGGCCCGUGUGGCAAGUUCGCCACGUGCGAGGGGCUGCAGCUGCUCAUUCGGCACUUCGCCACGUGUAGGAAGAGGGUGGGUGGAGGAGGGUGUUCGCGGUGUAAUCGCAUGUGGCAGCUCUUCAGGCUCCAUUCCUCCAUCUGUGAUCAACCCGUUUUUUGCAGGGUCCCCCUUUGCCGGCAAUUCAAAAUGAAAGCAGAACAAGAAGAGAAAAAGGGUGGUGGUGGUGAUGAUGAGAGGUGGAAGCUAUUGGUGAGGAAAGUGGUAUCAGCAAGAGCAAUAUCUUCCUUGUCUCUUCCAAAGGGGAAGAGAGAAUUAGAGGAGGAUCAUGAAGCACAAGAGAUGACAGAUCGAUCAUCUUGGAAUUAAAAGAUUGGUGGUGUUUGCCGUGUGUUUAUGAAAUGCGUGUUUUGGUGAGUGUGGUGGUCGGUUUCGCAAGCUGGCCCGGAUGUUCGGUUAUUUCAUAAAAGUAGAUGGUCGGUUUCUUUUUUCUCCAACCAUUUAUUAAGGGGUCAGUGGGCUGGUAGAGAAACUCCAGAAGAGUGUAAAGGUUUGGCAGAUUAUAUAUAUACUACCACAUGUUUGGUGUA